CAUCAACCUUCCCUUCCAUUAACCUCUCCAACGCAGCAUAACGUCACAACCGAGGUUACCUUGGCUAUAUUUUACCCUCACGCCUCAUGGUGCUCCGGGCAUGCUGUUGGAAGUUCGAUGGUUAUUCCAAUGAUACUUCUUUAAACUCCGGUAGCCCCAUCCAGGUCAAUCGGUCCCGUGUCGGUAUAUCGGCCUACUCGUGAUUCGUCCAAUUAUCUCAUCGGGCAUUUCCCUCCUUGAGCUACGAUUUGGAUUUGUAAAGAGUGUUAAUGCACAAUGAAGACGCGCGCAUAGCAACUUCUUCGCGAUCAUCGCGUACCUCAGUAAGCAUCGUAGAUCCUGUGUCGGUUUUCAUUCGCCCUUCGGCAACGAUGUGGUGGGAAUGUUAGGAUGACUUAAUCAGCGCGUCAGUAUGGGAAAUCUGAGGGUGUCAAGGAUUAUGUAUAAAUAUCCGAGGAUGAGCUUGGGAAUUAUAGCUUUAUAUCCUCGAACUGUAUCACUGGUCAAGACAUCGUAUCUAGUCACCAGCUAUCCGAUUACACCAAUAUCACACUAUAAAAUCUUGAAUAUACCAACAUCCCCCUUUUCCUUACUCAAUGGCUUCCUCAACUAUGCACGCGGUUGGCGUAACAGAAUACGGCCCCGUUGAGAACCUACACUCGAGAGAAGUCCCCAAGCCAUCGAAGCCAACAGGCCGUCAAAUGAUCGUUCAGGUGAAAGCCAUCUCCGUCAACCCUAUCGACAAGAAGGUCCGCGCUGGCACCUACGACGACGCCCCUGACUAUUACGAGCGAGUCAAGCCACUAACGCAAGACUCACCUCACUUCCAUAUCACUGGCUACGACGGUGCUGGGAUCAUCCUCGAGACGGGUCCAGAUGUAAAAUACUUCAAGCCCGGCGAGGAGGUCUACUACCUCGGAAACCCUGUCUUCCAAGGCUCCUAUUCUGAGCAGCUGAUCGUGGACGAGCGACACGCCGGCCACAAGCCAAAGUCUCUCGACUUUGUCCAGGCCGCAGCAAUGCCAUUAACUUUCGCAACUGCAUACGAGUCCCUCGUCGACCGACUAGAGAUCAAGGUAGGCGAGAAAGCCGGAAUCCUCAUCAUCAACGGCGGCGGCGGCAUGGGAUCGAUCACAUCCCAAGUCGCGCGGCACAUCUUAAAACUGCCUAUCGUCAUCACCACGGCCUCGCGACCCGAGACCAUCGAGUUCUCCAAGAAGAUGGGUGCCACGCACGUGGUCAACCACCGCGGAGACAUCGUGCAGCAGAUCAAGGACCUAAACCUACCCGCCGAUAUCCCCCUGAAGUAUGCGUACAUCACAGGCCGCACGGAGCAGUACCUGUUCCCGAUUGCGGACAUCCUGGCGCCCUUCGGCAAGGUGGGCAGCAUCGUGCAGGCCAACUUCGACAUGUACGGGUCGCAGAUGAUGAGCAAGUCGCUGACCUUUGUCUGGUGCUGGGUUGGGACUGGGCCGUACCAUUAUUACUACAAUGACAAGCAGGAGAAGCACCAUGAUUGGUACGAGAAGCUCGCCGGGCUGCUAGACCAGGGCGUGAUCAAGUGCCAUUUGAACGAGCGCUUGAGGGCCACGGCCGAGGGCAUCAGGCAGGCGCACAGGAGGCUUGAGGCUGGGAAUGCUGUGGGCAAGAUUGGACUGGGUGUUGAUGAGCCUGGGGAGGGAAAGGCGUUUCAGUAGAUGCUUUGUAAAGGAGAAUGUGUUUAAGUAGUUGAAGAUAGAUUAAUGCCAUGACCUAUGUUUCCGUAUAUAAUUUUUUUUCUCUAUUUACCAAGGCAUUCAGAUGUGUUCUGUA